AUGUCCGUUCAAGCCGAAAUUAUUACUAAUUCUGGAGUUGCUGAUGUAGUGGAAUCGGUAUCAAAAGCUUGUAUGAAGCCAAUAACAAGCGAUGUUCUACGACAGCUUUCGAAACUUCUACGUAAGAUGGAAUUGGGUCGUAAAUUAUGUAUGCGCCGUGCAGUUAUCAACCAGAAUUUGCUUCCAAAAGCGAUCUGUGAAAAAAUAGCAUUCGAUGAAACACACAAUGAGACGACAGAUAUUGACAAGAGAAAAUUUAAUAAUUUAGAAACACGACAAAAUGCUUUUGACUAUUGCGCAGCGAUAACAGCUCCAAUAAAGAAGCAUUGUGAAGCAUUGAAGCAAUGUUGUCCAAAUUAUAUCAGAUGCACAGAAUUGAUGGCACAAAUGAAUGUAUCGAAGAAGUAUGAAGAACUAUUGAACCGUAUCAAACAGAUACAAAGUAAUUGUGAAAAAAAGAUGAUGGAAACAUUACAGUCAUUUGAUUCUGUUUUCAAACUUCCUGUCUGA